AUGUUGCUGCGGCCGAGCGGCGUGCUCAACUUCCUGGCGGUAACGGCGUGCGCAAUGUUCAUUGCGCUCAUAUGCGUGAUGCUGUACGGGACGCGCAGCGAGAACCCGAGUCUGCCGUCGCUCGUCAAGGAGGUGCUCCCCGCAGGCCGCUGUCUGUGCGAAUCCAGCACCAUCUUCGUGUGCGAUACCUGUCUCGAUUGUGCGGCGGCGGCGACGAAUCAGGGCUAUGCGCAUGGGGGGAAUAUAUCAACGAGUGCUGUGAAGGCAGAAGAUAAGGAAGAGGAGUGGGUGUUUACGUAUCCGCGCGAUGCGAAUGACUAUGGGUUGGAGGAGGAGCAGUGCCAGGCUGCAUUUCCGGGGCUAUACGAAGAUAUCGAAAGGGCGAAAAGGUACAGGAGAGGACUGGGGAAGGUCAGUCAGGAGGAGUUGUCGUCGUUCGAUUUAACCAAGGGCAUGGUACGCGCCAUGGUAUACAACGGCGAGCUCUACAUCAUCGAAACCUUCCUCGUCGACAACGUCAACCGCGAAAAGGCCAUCGCGGCCCUCUCCUCCCUGCACCGCGCCCUCGUCUCCUUCCCCUCCCGCUCCCUAAUACCAAACAUCGAGUUCGUCUUCAGCGUCGAGGACCUCCCCGCCCAGCCAACAAAACCAGUCUGGGGCCUCGCCCGCCGCGCCCACGACCAUGCCAUCUGGCUGAUGCCCGACUUCGGCUUCUGGAGCUGGGACAUGCCCUCCAUAGGCGCCUUCAGCGAAGUUGCUGCCGAAGCAGUAGAACGUGAGGAGGUGGAGCCGUGGGAUGAGAAGAGAGAGAAGUUGGUGUGGAGGGGCAAGUUGUCGUAUGCGCCCAAGCUGCGACAUGCAUUGCUAGAUGCGGCAAAGGGGAUGAGCUGGAGCGACGUGGGACAGGUGAAGUGGGACGGGCCGGAGUUUGAGGAGCAGUUUCUGGGGCCCGUGGAUCAGUGCAGCUAUAUGUUUAUUGCGCAUGCCGAGGGACGCUCCUACUCCGGCGCCCUCAAAUACCGCCAACUCUGCCGCUCCGUCAUCCUCUCCCACGAACUCCAAUGGAUCCAACACCACCACUACCUCCUCGCCCACUCCGGGCCCAGGCAAAACUACGUCCUCGUCUCCCGGGACUUCUCCGACCUCGACGAAAAGAUGCAGGAUCUACUCGCACAUCCGGAGAAAGCGAAACGAAUAGCGGAUAAUUCCGUCAGUGUGUUCAGAGAGCGAUACCUCACGCCGGCGGCCGAGGCGUGCUAUUGGCGGGUCCUGAUGAAGAGGUGGAAGGAAGUGCUGGGUUGGGAGCCCGAGUUGUUUGAGGAGGGGAAGGCGGGGAGGAGGAAAAGGGGAGUUAGGUUUGAGACGUUUGUGUGA